GCCUCUCGGGCCACCGCUCCGCCGUGCGCUUCGUGGCGCUCAGCGACACGCACGGCUACCACCGGGCGGUGGACCUGCCCGACGGCGAGGUGCUCCUCUUCCUCGGGGACGCCGUGGGCAACUACGGCCGGCACAGCGACCUGAGGGGGGGCCUGAGCGCGUUCUUCGACUGGCUCGCGGCACAGAGCAAGCGCUUCGCGCAGGUGUUCUUCAUCGCCGGGAACCACGAGAC